AUGGCGCCACCCGGCACUUUACUCGUGCGUUUUAGAGCGUUGUGCAAUCUCGGCAAAUGUCUUCAGAAGGGAGUCCAAAUACCGUCGGACUGGGACAAAGGAAUGCGUUGGUGUGGGGCAAAAAUGGUCACCCUUCGAUCGUACGGCACGUCGCGAUUCCAGCCUAAACGAGGAAAUGUAAGUUCAAACUUACUGGAGGAGUUCCCAGACCCCAAAAAUCUUCUGAAUAGCACCAUAGCUCGCUCACUGGGAGUCAACAACCUGUCUGAGCUUAUCCAAUACAACUGCACGGAAGAGGCGGGUGUCAAGAAAGCCACUGUGACCGUGCUAUGGCCCAGCAAGAUUGAGGAAGAUGGUUAUGCUUCAAAGAAAAUUGAUGCGGAGCGAUACGCCGCAGCUGCUGCUUGUCACAAGCUCAAAGAAAUGGGUGUGAUUGGUCCAGACAAUCAGCUCCCAAGGAGAAGAUCCAGCAGGGGAAGGGAAUUUUUGCGUUCGUCUUUUUACGAUGACUAUGACGAAGACUUCCCAAGUGAAAGCAUCCACAUCAAAUCGGAGCAGCCACCCGAAAUCGCGUCUGAGAUUUCGGAAGCCCUUUCUCUCUUCCCUCAUCCCAAAGCUCUUCUGACCAGGGUCGUCCAGGUGGCCACAUCAUCUCAAAGUAGCAAAGAAUUGAUCCGGUUUACGAUGAGAGGCGGCAAGCUCAAGACAUGUGAGCUGACCCUGCGCUGGCCACAGGAAAUGACCUUCACAGCGACAGCAAGCAAAAGAGUCACGGCAGAAAAGCAAGCAGCGGCUCUUGCUUGCAUGAAACUUAAGGAGCUGCAGUUGCUGGAUAAAAACAACAACCCGUUGACCCACGCCAAGUACCAUGGAGCCAAAGUGAAGGAAGCAGUAGAACGUGAGCGGCGUCCACUCCAGGUGGAAGUUCCACCGUAUCUGGAAGAGCGUAUGAGGAAAUAUCUUGCACAGUAUCCAGUUGAAGCAGAAGUGCAAAAGCUCUACGAGGAAGAGGAAGACGUGGUCAAACAGGAAGAAGUGGAGGGAGAAGACUCUCCGGUGGAUGCCAUCACGGGCAAACCGUACAGGCCGUGGUCUCCACAGGAAGAACAACGCCUUAAUGAGUACCUGCAGGAGAAGUGGCAGACCGCUAGGCCGAUCCUGGGUACUGAGCUACCAGUGGACAGCCACAGGGAGCGCGUGGUGUCGGCCGUUCGCACCUCCCGGGCGGUCGUGAUCGCCGGCGAGACCGGGUGCGGCAAAACCACUCGCAUUCCUCGCUUCCUGCUGGAGGACGGCGUACUGGCGGGUCAUGGCUCCGAGUGCAACAUUCUGGUGACGCAACCUCGGCGAAUCAGUGCUGUGUCAGUGGCCCAUCGCGUGGCCCAAGAAAUGGGUCCUGCACUCAAACACUCUGUGGGGUACCAGGUGCGACUUGAGAGCAGACCGCCAGAGCAGAGUGCCGGAGCGUUGCUCUUCCUUACAGUAGGCGUUCUUUUGAGGAAGCUGCAAUCCAACCCCACCCUGAAGGGUAUCAGCCAUGUAGUGGUAGACGAGGUUCACGAGCGUGACGUCAACACGGACCUUCUCCUGGCGCUGCUGCGCACCUGCAUGAACAAGAACCCCGACCUGCGAGUUGUACUGAUGAGUGCCACCGGAGACAACCAGCGGCUGGCUCACUACUUCGGAGGAUGUCCGAUCGUCAAGGUGCCCGGAUUCAUGCAUCCCGUGCGGGACAGAUACCUAGAGGACGUGCUAAGAGAAAUGAGGCGGCCCCUUCCUUCUGCGUCAACCAAUGAGUGGCAAAAUGAUGACGUCAGUCCAGAUCUGGAUCUUGUUGCAGAUGUCAUUGAGCACAUUGACAGACAAGGUGAACCAGGUGCCUUAUUAUGUUUCCUUCCCGGAUGGCAGGACAUUAAAACGGUUCAAGAAACGCUUCAGAUGAAGCCGCACUUUUCUUCUGGCUCACAUAUGAUCCUGCCAUUGCACUCUAGUUUGUCAGUGGCAGAUCAGCAGGUGGUGUUCCAGCGCCCUCCAGAGGGCCAGAGGAAAAUUGUCUUGGCAACUAACAUCGCAGAGACGUCCAUCACUAUUGACGAUGUGGUUCACGUGGUGGAUGCGGGAAUGCACAAGGAGCAUAGUUACGACCCACGCACUAAAGUGUCUUGUCUGGACACCGUUUGGAUCGCGCGCUCCAACGUGACCCAGAGAAAAGGCCGAGCAGGGCGCUGUCAACCAGGUCAAUCCUACCAUCUCUUCCCACGCAAGCAACUGGAUGCCAUGUCACCCUUCCCCAUCCCCGAGAUUCUGCGCACCCCACUGGAGAGCCUGGUGGUUCAAGCCAAAAUCCAUAGCCCAAAAUUAAAGGCUGUCGACUUUUUGUCCCAAGUGUUAGAUAGCCCUGAACAGGGAGCCGUGUCAGACGCCGUUCGAAAUUUGCAAGACAUUGGCGUUCUGGACCAAUCAGAAACACUGACACUUUUGGGUGAACGUGUGACCUCCAUGUCAUGCGACCCUCGUCUGGGCAAAGUCCUGGUGUUGGGCGCCUUGUUCCGAUGCUCCUUGCCCAUGUUGACAGUCGCCGCAUGCCUCACCCGAGACCCUUUCUACAACAGUUUGCAGAACAGAGCGUUGGUCAACAAGGCCAAAGCGAGUUUGAGCGGCUCCAGCUGCAGCGACUACCUGGUGUUCAGUCGUGCCGUGCUGGGCUGGAGGAGGCUUCAGCAUGAAGGAGACCGCCAAGACAGGGACCAAUACUUGGAGGAUCACAGUUUGUCCAAGGCUAGCCUACGCUUCAUCAACGGUCUCAUCUCUCAGUUCAGUGAGAACCUGCGCGAAGCGCAGCUGGUGUCUCGCGCCAACGACUGCCAACAUCGCUCCUCGCUGGUCAACCAGUACAGCGAGCAGGAGCAGCUGCUCAAGGCCGUGUUGCUUGCCGGACUCUAUCCCAACCUAAUACAGGUGAAGAGAGGCAUUGUGACCAAAGGGGGGCGCUUUCGUCCCAACAGCCUUUCGUUUCGCACACUUGGCAGCCACGUUUUGCUUCACCGCUCCUCCGUAAACAGAGGAAAUGAAGAGCUUCCUUUUCGAUGGCUCACCUUCUUUGGCGCUGUCAAGUCCAACGGCAACGUUUUUAUCCGCGACUCAUCUGCCGUCCAUCCGCUCGCCUUGCUGUUGCUCACAGACUGCGACGUUAAUGAGACAAUAAGCGGCAACGAAGUGGAAGUUGCGCUCGCCGGCCACUCACUAACCCGUUGCCAAUUGUCUGCUACUACGUGGGAGCUGCUGUGGGAUCUGCGCAUGUCUGUCCAGGCUAUGCUGCGUCGCAAUCUCAGGCGGCCCGCCGGUGCGCGUCACUUCCAGGACGGCAAGCUCAUCUCGCUGCUGGUGGAGCUACUCAACCACACGGAUGCCAACCCAUGGCCUCGUAAUGAGAGUGAGGUGGACUGA